UGUUACGCUGAGGAUGCUUAUGCAAUAAGGCAAGAUGCUACAGCGUUCCAAUUAGUACGGAGGUCUGUUUCAAAAAUUCGAGAACAGCGUUGUUGAAUAGCGUGAGCUCAUAAUAAUAAUAAAUAUCAACCCAAAACGUUGAGCAAACAAGCGUAAAUAUUUGAGGAAAGUAAAACUAUAAGCUAGUAAUGGAAAUUAUCGCAAGAGCAAGCUCGAGAACAUCGUCAUCGUGUAAGCUUAUAAUAACCUCUAUCGUUUGCCGUCGGAUCGUUUCAACCUCAGGCCUUCAUCGAUAUUUAAUGUUAAAUUUGAAACCUACGGGCACUUCAAGACCUGGUAAUAUGUUGAAUAACACUUUCCUUUCUAAAACCACUAGUUAUGGUCAUAGCAAAGUUAGUUUUACUCCCUUGUCUACAGCAGCAACUGGAACAAAAGAACAUGUUGAUGAACUAGUAAAGAAAAAUAAAGUGGUUGUUUUCAUGAAAGGUGACCCUGAUGCUCCUCGAUGUGGUUUCAGUAAUGCAGUUGUACAGAUUUUGAGAAUGCAUGGUGUUACCUAUGAUAGUCACAACGUUUUGGAGGAUGAGAAUUUAAGACAAGGUUUGUUCUACUUCUGCUGUGGAGCAUUAGGAAUCAAAGAAUACAGUAAUUGGCCAACAAUUCCUCAGGUAUAUGUGGAUGGACAAUUUAUAGGUGGUUGUGACAUUUUGCUUCAGAUGCACCAGAGUGGAGAGAUUAUCGAAGAGCUGAAAAAAGCUGGAAUUCGGUCUGCACUAUUGGAUCAAGCCUUAGAAGAAGAAAGGAAAAACAUGGAUUCAAAAAAAUCUGAGUAAAACUUUUACUCAGCUUGAGGUUAAUAGAGCUAGUUGGUUUACACGUUUAUGUAUGCAGUAUGAUAAAGAAAACAAAUUUCAAGAUAACUUGUUCAUGUCAGAGUGUAGAUAUUUUCUGGUGUCCCGAUCAAUCACAGUUGGGAUGAAUAACAAAAAUCCUGUUAAUAAUUCUCUAUUACAGUUUUUCUUGAACUUGAUUUUCAAAUGUUUUCAACUGUUUUUGUAUCAUAUGCUUAUUAUUUGCUUUUCUUUACCAAAUUGUAUGUAAGUCAAGUUAUUUUGGAUAUUACUUCUAACAGUUCUGGAUUUUAUAACAAAAAAAUCGACCAAUGUCUGAAAUAGGAUAAACCACUAUAUAUAUAUAUAUAUAUAUAUAUAUGGUGAAAGUUUGUUCCUUCCUAGAAAGUAUUUCUAUAAAAUGUCACUA